GGGAGGGGAGGGAACAUGGAGCGGGGGCCGGCGGUGGGGGCAGGGCGGGGGGCCAGGGCCCAGAUCUGGGCACUGCUGGGCUGCUUGGUCAGGGUGCUGCUCUGGGUGGCCUCUGCUUUGCUGUACUUUGGAAGCGAACAGGCUGCCCGCCUCCUGGGCAGCCCCUGCUUACGGCGCCUCUACCAUGCCUGGUUGGCAGCAGUGGUCAUCUUCGGGCCCCUUCUGCAGUUCCAUGUCAACCCUCGGACCAUCUUUGCCAGCCAUGGCAACUUCUUCAACAUAAAGUUUGUGAAUUCGGCGUGGGGCUGGACAUGCACCUUCCUGGGGGGCUUUGUGUUGCUGGUGGUGUUCCUGGCUACACGGCGCGUGGCAGUGACUGCCCGGCACCUGAGCCGCUUGGUGGUUGGGGCAGCCGUGUGGCGGGGUGCCGGCCGGGCCUUCCUGCUCAUCGAGGACCUGACGGGCUCCUGCUUCGAGCCUCUGCCCCAGGGCCUGCUGCUCCGCGAGCUGCCGGACCGCCGCAGCUGUCUGGCGGCCGGCCACCAGUGGCGGGGCUACACCGUCUCCUCCCACACCUUCCUGCUCACCUUCUGCUGCCUGCUCAUGGCCGAGGAAGCAGCAGUGUUCGCCAAGUACCUGGCCCACGGGCUACCCGCCGGCGCACCCCUGCGCCUUGUCUUCCUGCUCAACGUGCUGCUGCUGGGCCUCUGGAACUUCUUGCUGCUCUGCACCGUCAUCUAUUUCCACCAAUAUACUCACAAGGUGGUGGGCGCUGCGGUGGGCACCUUUGCCUGGUACCUCACCUACGGCAGCUGGUAUCAUCAGCCCUGGUCUCCAGGGAUCCCGGGCCAUGGGCUCUUCCCUCACCCCCACUCCAGCCACAAGCAUAACUGAAAGAAAUAAAGGCACUUCAGGCCUG